GUUAAAACAAAAACCUUGGCCAUUAUCACAUACAAUCCCUAAUUACUGUUCAAGCAAUCAUUUUUAAGCUCGGAGAGGAAGAAUUCCAACAGAAAAGGAAGCGAUAGUCUAAUUCUGCGAUUUCAGAUGAUGACGACGGCGACGACGAGAAAAACGAGCUGUUGCGCCAUUUGCGAGAACUAUAAUAUCGCCUCAAUUUGUCAUGUAUGCGUUAAUUACAGAUUGAAUGAGUACAAUAGUAAUUUGAGGUUGUUGAAGAGUAAGAGAGAUUCGCUGUAUUCGAGACUGACUCAAGUUCUGGUGGCGAAGGGUAAGGCUGAUGAUCAACAUAGUUGGAGGGUAAUUCAAAAUGAGAAAUUAGCUAGGUUGAGGGAUAAGCUCAGACUUCAAAGAGCACAGGUUUCACAAGGAAGGGCUAAAAUGGAGAAGUUGUCUCAUGAUCUAAAAGUUAAAUACGAAGUGCUUGAGUCAGCAAUGAGUUUGGUGGAAAAGAAUCGUACUGAGCAAAUCGAGAAAUAUUAUCCUAAUCUUAUCUGCACACAGAGUUUGGGACAUAUGGCCAUUACUUCUGAACGCCUUCAUAAACAAUCUGUCAUUAUCAAGCAGAUAUGCAAGUUAUUUCCUCAGCGUCGGGUGUUUAUUGAUGGAGAGAGAAAAGAUGGUUAUAGUGGUCCAUAUGAUACAAUUUCCAAUGCACGCUUGCCAAGAAGGUUAGAUCCCCACUCAGUUCCAUCCGAGGAACUUGCCGCCUCAUUGGGGUAUAUGGUGCAACUUUUGAAUCUAGUUCUGCAUGCUGUAUGCUCUCCUGCUCUGCAUAACUCUGGGUUUGCGGGUUCCUGUUCUCGGAUAUGGCAGCGGGAGUCAUAUUGGGAUGCUCGUCCAUCAUCUAGAAGUGAGUAUCCACUUUUUAUUCCUCGCCAAAACUCUUGCACUACUGGUGGUGAAACAUCAUGGUCUGAUAAAAGCGUGGCUUCAAUUAUUGGCGUGGCUUCAAUGGAGUCUGAGAGGAAGCCUUGUUUAGAUUCCUCUGGUGGUAGCUUCAAUUAUUCUUCUGCUUCUGCACAUUCAGUGGAGUUACACAAGGAUUUGCAGAAGGGCAUAUCACUCCUCAAGAAAAGUGUGGCAUGCCUAACUGCUUAUUGCUAUAACUCUUUGUGCCUGGAGGUUCCCUCGGAUGCCUCUACAUUUGAGACAUUUGCGAGAUUGUUGACAACACUAUCUUCUUCAAAGGAAGUUCGAAGUGUUUUAUCUCUGAGAAUGGCAUCAUCAAGGUCCAAGUCUUGCCAACAAUUGAACACAUCCGUAUGGAAUGUUGAAUCAACUGUUUCAUCGAGCACUUUGAUGGAGAGUGCACAUGCACUGCCUUCAAUGAGAAAUGCCUUUGAUAAUUAUCUCCCAAGCUUUACUGGCAGCUAUGUUUAUGCCAACGAGUUUCCUGAGUAUGGGAAGAAUGAAAACCUAAUGGAAGGAUGGGAUUUGGUGGAGCAUCCUACUUUUCCACCUCCUCCAUCACAUACUGAAGACGUGGAGCAUUGGACUCGAGCAAUGUUCAUCGAUGCAACAAAGAAAUGAUUGAAACUACCUUGGAAUUUGUGUUGCCAACUGCCAAACCAACCUUCUCCACUGACAAGGUAACGCAGCGGGAGUAUGAAAAGCUUCUCGGCUGAUUCGACAUUGUGUAAAUAUAUGAUUUCGAGUAGGUAUGGAGAUUUGAGGUAACAAUUUCCAACUCUACUGUGAUGUACAUGCAUGCUGUAAUCUAAUGUGUUAAAUCUGUAUAUUAGUAGCUCUGUGAGAUUCAGUAGAAGCUAUCUGUAUAAUUGGUAGUUUAUUUGUAUAAAAAACUUACAUACUCCUAUUUGUAUAAAGUUGAAGAGUUUCUUCCUUGAGAUAGAAAUUGCUUUUGCUUACUCUGUGAAGCAUAAAAUACUAUUACUGCACUCCUUAGAAUAUUUAAUGGUUAAUACAGAAGAAAAAUAUAGAAAGUUAAAAAUACAGAAUUCAGUAAAGAAAAGAUAGAACUGAAUCGAAAUAAGUUUCUUCCUAGAGAUAUAUUGUUGGCUCAAAUAUUGUCAGAGUAGGAUAUGAAUUCAAAACAUGAAGUAAAAUUAAGCAACUGAGAGCCCAAGUUCUUCUCUCUAGUGAAAUAAGUUGUAAAUUAGGUCUCUAAUAAAAUUAACCACUGCUUCACUUCUUUCUCUUCUUCGGAGGCUGAAGUUCCUCCUCUUCCUCAUCUUCCUCCUCCUCGUCCUCAUCCUCCGGCUCCUCAUCCUCGUCCUCAGCAGCAUCAGGGUCGUCUCCGUCCUCAUUCUCAUCAUCUUCGUCAUCCUCAUCGUCCUCGUCAUCGUGCCCAUUGGCAGCCUCGUUUUCGUCAUCGUCAUCCUCUUCACCGGCCCCUCCCGGCCCCUUCUUGGCCUUAUCGUUGCUGUCAGCCUCGUUCCCCUGUUCGCCUUCCUCGGAAUAUUCACCUUCGUCCUCCGCAGAGCCGCCGGCUGCCGCAGCUUCGCCGUCACUGUCCUCUCCAGCUCCUCCCUCAGUGUCGACAGCUUCUGUUUGGUCUUUUGUUGUAGUCAGCAUCAGUAAUUUUGUAACGGCCUGCAACUGUUGUAUUUAUAUUUAUAUUUAUAUUUAUAUUUAUAUUUAUAUUUAUAUUUA